CCAAUCAUCACGCGGCCUGGGGCGGACUCCCACUAGCCCCGCCCAGGAGGAGGGAGGGAAGAGAGGCGGCCGCGUAGUAGACGGGAAGGGUUAUCCGUCAAUCAGAGCCGAACCUGGAGCCUAACGGCGGCCAGAGCAGCUACUGAGCAAGCGCAAACUCAACAGCAGGUAGCCCUCAUCUGCAUACGGAGGCGGGGUUUAGGGAAGAGGUGGAGAACUGGAAAUGACCAACCCCAGUGAGCGUCUGCCGGAUGUAACCCCGCCCACUCUCUCCGCCCACAAAGGAACGGCGGCAGUUGGGACUGGCUGAUUGGGUAAAAACCUGCCGGACAUUCUGUCAGGAUUGGUGCAAUGAUUCUUUUCGAAGUUUGCAGCAUCCAAUCAAAAGAAAAGGCCUCUUUCACGUUGGGCAGUAAAUUUGUAACUCCUCAUAAGGAAGCAGCAGAAGUGACUCCUAAUCUUUGCACACCAGACACCUUUAAAUCGCCUAUGAACUUUUCCACUCUAACUGUAGAGCAAUUGGGAAUCACACCUGAAAGCUUUGUAAAAAACUCUUCAGGAAAGUCAUCAUCCUACCUUAAAAAAUCCAGACGUCGCUCUACAGUUGGUGCUCGGGGUUCUCCUGAAACAAAUCAUCUUAUUCGUUUCAUUGCUCAGCAGCGGAAUUUGAAAAAUGCAGGGAAGUCUCCUUUAGUGCACAAUUCCCCUUUUCAGAGCAGCCCUGGUCUGUAUCGAAAUGUUAAUUCUUUAAGGGAACGAUUAUCCUCCUUCCAGUCAGCUUUUUGCUCCAUAAAGGAAAAUGAGAAAAUGACUGACGACCCUGAAUUCUCAGAGGCAGGAGGAGAGUUUGAGACAGCAGACAUGCCCAAAAAACAAAGUGUCGGUGAGUGUCAACAGUCUGAGUUCCCUGCGAAGUUAUCAUCCAAACGUCGGAGAAUAUCCUCACAGAGCAACUCUGAAGAGAGUCUAACUGAUGCACUUAACCUCCAGAUCUUCAGUGUUGUCACUUCUGCCAAUACAGACAGAAUAUGUGCUGCUGAAACAUCUCUUGCCAAAGUUUCCGAGAAAUCUUCUGAGUCUUGUUUAACACAAUCUGGAUAUUUGGUUGAAGAGUCUGUUCCAAUUUUAAAUCUCACAGAGGCUUCAAGUGGAAUCAAGGUUGCUAACUGCGCAGAGGACAAAGGAUCAAGUGGCACUGUUUCAUUUGGCAAAUUCAGGGAAGUGAGCACAGACACAGGCCUGGGAGUCAAGUCCCCAGUUGCUCCAUUGUGCAAGAGGGACAUUCCAUCCUCAGAAACCUUCAUACUUCGCUCUGUGCUGAAGAAACCUUCAUUGAAACAGUUUCAAGAAAGUCUACAGGAACACUGUGGCAAUCUCUGUGAAGGUGGGACUCAUCCCAACUUAAUCUCAAACCUUGUAAACUGUUGCAAAGAACAAAAGGCAGACAGUCAAGAAAGUUAUAAAGUACCGGCCUUUCUAAAUAUGAGGAAGAGGAAGAGAGUUACUUUUGGAGAGGACCUAAGCCCUGAAGUGUUUGAUGAGUCUUUGCCAGCAAACACUCCGUUGCGCAAAGGCGGAACACCUGUUUGUAAAAAGGACCUGAGUGGCCUCAGUCCCCUGCUACUUGAUCAGUCUCCAGUUCCUGAACAGUUACCGCAGCCAAACUUUGAUGACAAAGGGGAGAAUCUUGAAAACAUAGAACCUCUCCAGGUAUCAUUUGCAGUUCUGAGUCCACUUAGUAAGUCUUCAAUCUCUGAGACUCUUUCAGGCACUGAUAACUUUAGUUCUUCAAAUAACCAGGAGAAAAUAUCCCCUUGUAAAGUUGGUACAGUAACACGGACCUCUAAGAGAAGAAGUAAGUUGAUCGAUUUUACAGAAGAGACUGUUUGCAACUUACUUAAUACAGACACUCAGCCUUGUAAAGAAAAGAAAACUAGAAGGAGGAAAUCUCAAGAAAACAAGCGCAACAAUAGAGCACCUCCUAAAAGGAAUCAGGCUUUAAAAAGUUCCAGAAAGAAGAAAGGAAAAGGAAAGAAAACUGUUCAGAAGUCUUUAUAUGGAGAAAGAGAUAUUGCUUCUAAGAAACCUCUCCUGAGUCCUAUUCCUGAGCUCCCCGAGUUCUCUGAGAUGACACCUUCAGCUCCCAGUACCCGAAGGAUGGGUUCAGAUUAUUUCAGCUUAAAUGGUGAACUUGAAGAAGUGCAAGUUCUUAAAAGAAAGAAUCUUUUGCCUCAGAACCCAAGAGGCGUGCAGUUGAUCCAAGGCUUUAAUCAGCAGGAUGUGUCUGAAUUCUGCAGCUCCUACGUGCACGACUGCUUGCCUCUUGUUAGUGAUACUCUUGGUCAAGAUGCAAAUAUAAAUACUAUAAAAGUUAAUGAAGAUAAAAAUAUUCCAAAAGCAGAAAUUGAGUUGGAAAGUGAAAAUGAACUUCAACCUGGGACAGAGAAUGGAAACAGUCAGAUGUCUUGUGCUGUGAUGGACCAAUACAUCAUGUCAGAUUAUUCAAAACCUGGUUUUAUUCAGCAGUCCCAGGAAUUUGUUGCUGGUGAGCAAAAUACUGGAAAUCUUUUCCAAAUUUUUAAAAUUUCAGAAGAUAAAAAUAUAAAAUGUGAAAAACAGGAUGUCUUACUAGCUUCGGAAGGAGAACUGUACACCCAGCAUUUAAUGCCUGACUCACAAAAAGAAUUUGAUUGUCCAGAAGGUAUCUGCAUUGAUAGUAUAAAAGAAAGCCACAAUGGAAGUGAGGGUUCCGAAAGAAACAACCCCAAAAGUAGCAGCAGUGUGAAUUGUAGAGAAAGGAAGCAAAGACGACGUUCUGCGUGUUACUCCCAUGGUCAGAAUUUAUAUUUGGAGAAAAAUGAAAAUCACCACGCUGGUGUGAAUGACUCUGUCGAAAUUGGUUUAGAAAAUGCUGAAUUGUAUAAAGAUUUAUCUGACUCCAUAGAGCAAACCUUUCAGAGAACAAACAGGGGCACAAAAGUCAGACGGAGCACCAGGCUGCAAAAAGAUUUGGAAAAUGAAGGGCUUGUGUGGAUUUCCCUUCCAUCUCCUUCUGCUUCCUGCACGUCCCAGAAAACCAAAAGGAGAACCAUAUGUACAUUUGACAGCAGAGGGUUUGAAAAUCUGUCCUCCAGGAAAGAAACUCUGCCCUCUAGACAGAAACCAGGUAUGCUGCCCUCUGACUCGGGAAAAGAAAACAGUGAGGACUUUACUGCCAUUUUGUCUGAUUUACCAGGCAAGAGGAGGAAGAGCUUUUGUACAUCUACACUUUCAAAUACUAAAAAUACUACUCAGUCAAAAUCCUACAAAAGAAGAACCUCUUUCAGCCAAAAAGGAGAAAAUUCUAAAUGAAAUUCAGAGAUGUAAAGCAAAAACUGACAUUUGCUGCCGGACACUUGACAGGAGAGAAGGUAACCAUCCAUUGGGAGAAUCUCAGUCUAGUUCCCGUCCUGUGUUCAACUUCAGUGCUUUACAAAUUUCAAAUAAAGUCAUAUGAGUUGAACCUACUUUUAACUAGUUAUAAGUGAAUUUCUUCAUUCACAAAAUAUUCUGCUAAAUAUGUCUUUCCUCCCCAAAAUGGCAAAUGCUUUAUUAGUAUUUUGCAAAAAAGAUGGUUUGGGGAUCCAGCGCCCUAUCUCUUACUUUUUAUUUCACAUUAGUACCUAUUUACCACUGAAGGUAGUGACUCCAGGGUAAAAAGCAUCUUUUACAAUUGACUCAUUUUAUCUGGAUGAGAAUUUUCUUUAAAAUUACAAAUUGAUAGAAUUAUGGUAACUUUGCGAAAUUGAAUGUAAUAUAAGGUCGAAAACGAAAAGGAAAUGUAGGGCAAGAUGGGAGUUUUAUUUUAAAACACUACAAAAAAAUUUGCUUAAAAGUUGAACAGGAAAGAUGGAAAUUACAAAACUAGCUUUCCCUUUAGGUUAAAAUUCAGAAAACUUAUCAUGUUGCUUUAUCUUGAUUGAAAUCUUACACAUGAAAUUUUAGAAAAUUCUUUCAGUGGCAAGAAUAUUGUAAAUCUUUAUAAAUAACUAAUGUAAGAGUCUCUUUUUCCUUCAAACGAGGUCCUUACAUGCGUUGGUGGGUGAAAACUGGAGGAUUGGUCUUUGAUGAAAACAUAGCAGUUUAGUUGAAGACUCAGCUCCCUGAUUACUCAUGUUUGUCACAGGUAACUUAGGAUUCAGUUCUCCAUUAAAAAAGCUAAAAUCCAUCAACUCGUAAGGGUCCUAGAAAAUUAAUUUACUAACUUGAACCAUGGUGCUGGGUUGCUGAUUUCUUUGUUAAAGUCGCAUUUUCCAGUACUUUUCCUGUACCAGUAUUGUCACAUGUCUCUGACUUUUAGUAAAGCAGCAGCAAUGUAGCCUGUCCUAUUGUGGUGACAGAGGUUUGAAUCUAAUCUAAAUUGCUGUAUAGCUGGAAUGUAUGAAUGCUCAUAAAUCAUUGUAUCAUUAAACAAUUGUCUUUGAAAUCCUUUAAAUCAUUAAACUCUCCAUCUUGCCAUGAUAGCAGAAACAUGUUAACAAAUAGAGCUCUCUAUAAAUAACACAACAGGGAAGAAAACUCCUGCUGAGAGGCCCAUUUCCUCUCCUUAGAUAGAGACUAUUUGUUACCUUCUUGGCACCAAUAGGUCUGGAACUCCUGCUGCUAAAGACUAAUGUAUUUUACAUUAACACUCAAAGUGAUCCCCAAUUUCUCCUGCUAAAGGGUGGAUUGUUUAAAAAUUCUUUUUAUCUUUACACGUAAAUUAUUUAUUGAUGUUUGCCCCUCUCACUUUUAGAGUUUGGUGUAGUUGGCAUAUCCAUACCACUGAAAACAAACUGAGAACUGAUAACAGAAUUAACUUUUUGUGAAGCUUUUUGGUUUUGAUAAUUAAAAAAACAUUCAGAAUUGUAAGAUGCUAGAAGGUUUGCUUUAAAAAAAGUGUUCUCUAAUAGAAAGGCUGAAUCUAUUGAUUGUUUUCUCCCCCUUUUUACUGUAUAUUUCAUAUGGUUUUGAUUGUAUUGUGUAUUUUGAAAACUUCACAUCUUGUUUUAUUCUUUGAAAAGUGCUAAUGAGGAUGAGGAAAACAUUUUGAUCUGUGACUUUUGACUUGAUUUUUAAAGUGUAAAAUUGUUGUUUUCUAGUAUCUACAGUUAAAAAUAUAAAUGCAAUUUAAAAUAUAAAUGUAAGUUCUGUUGGUCUCAGAAUGUUUCACUUCAAACAUUUCAUAUAAAUGUUUUGUUGUUUGUAAAUAACAAAGAGGCAGCUUUUCUGAAAGGCUCAGGUCUGACAAAUCAAAACAGCUUAGGCACAUUUUUCUCCUAGUCUCACUUGCAUCAUAUUUGCAAAAAGUUAAUGAUUCCAUGCUUUAUGAUGCCUGUUUAAGCUGUUUGUUUUAUUAAUGGUUAGAUCAGAAUAAUGUCUUUCUGCCCAAUUUUUUUCUAGACUUCAUUGUAACCCCUGCCUGACAUUUUGUCCAGAAUGUCUUCUUGUACUUGUCCUGCUCCUGUAGAUUCUUGUUUGCUCCAGAAGAUGGCAGCAAGACAUCUGACGUUCUCUGCCUGUGUGGUUACCUUAAAGCAGGGCAGCUAGCUCUUAAUUGUCGCUGUGGCAGCUUCCCUGUCACCUUGUUUUGACUCAUUUUUAUUACAAAAGUAAUAUGUUUACCGAAAAAAAUAGAGAACCAUGCAAAAUUAAAAACUUACUUCCCCCACCCCAUGCAUGCAUCCUAUAGCCACACCUUCCUCUCCCCAGCUUCCUAUUCUGGAUACCACUAACUGGUGUCCACCCUCCAGACCUCAGCUGAGUAAACCUAAAUAAAGGUUCUGAAUUUUCUAGUGGAAUUGUUAUAGAGCAACCCCGAUAUCAACCGGGUUCCUGGCUGUGGGUCCUCACCCGUGCGCUUUAAAGGGACUUUUGAAUACUCUACUAUAGACACACACAAAAGGGUUAAUAAAAGGUUUAUUUACAAGAGAAAAGGAAAUAAGGAAAAUGUACAACUCAGGGAGAAAAUAGGGAAAUAAAGUCUUUAAUGCGUCCUACCCGAUCCGAGGACCUGGAAACCCAAAGUCACUCUCAGAGCUGGCCGGACGCUGCGAGCUGGUUGAGAGCCAAAAUGGGGGAUCCCCAAAGCCCACAUGUCUGCCUUUUGUAUCCACCUGGCUGCUUAACCCCACCCUCAGGUCCCAGCCACCUUCCCUUUGGUGGUGAUGGGAUUUGGAGUUCCCAGUGUCUUUGGCUUUGACCUGGGGUGGGGGUGGAGUCCACAAAGCCUAUAUGGAAUUUGCUUUGGGACAUCCUUUUCCCCCUAACAGAAUCAUUACAUGCACCUUCUACAACUUGAUUUUUGAAUUCAACAAAAUGCUAUGGGCAUUCUUAGGGACAGCCGUGUUGCUACUGCAGAGCCCCUGCAAAGAAUUCGAUACUUUGAAAAUCUCUAAUUUAGCCAUCUCCUUACUAAUGGAUGCAAUUUUUGCCUCUAAUUUUUUUUUUUUUUUUGUUAUUGAAAAUUGUGUCACAUUGUACUUAUGAGACCGAUUCUUUUAAAUUAAAUGGUUCUGAAGUUCUUGUCUGUAGAGCUUACCUGGCCAAGUCCCUUUUUAAAGAUUUUGGCAUCCUUGUCCUUUGUCCUAUUCUUCUGCCACUUACUGUCAUUUCGCUUCUAUUUUCUUUCACUGCCCUCAUUGGCACUUAAGCUGUAGAAUUGAGGGUGAGGUUUAGAACUAGCAUAAGAAGGAGGAAAUUAUUAAUACCUGAUUUAUGCUUUAGAUUGAAAGAGCUGUUUGUUUUUUUAAGUCAGGUUGAUUGAGGUAUAAUUAAAGUAUGAUAUUUAGUCACCCUUUUAUAUCUUUACUUUUUGCAAAUCCAUAUGACCCUGCAGCUACUGCCAGAGUCAAAUAACAACAUUUCCAUGACCCCCAAAGAAGUUUUCUCCUAUACCUCUUUACAGUCAGUCCCCUGGCCCUAGAAAUCACUCAUUUGAUUUCUGUUCUCAUAGCUGUGCCUUUUUUGGAAUGUUUUAUAAAUGAGGUCACAAAGUAUAUGUCUUUGUGUCUGCCUUUAAUUUAGCACAAUGCUUUUAAGAUCCAUCCAUGUUACCUGGUGUAACUAGUUGACUCCGGUUUAUUGCUAGGUAGCAUGCCACUUUAUGGGUGUACCAGUGUUUAUCCAUUCAUUCUCCAACUGAUGGAUAUUUGUAUUUCUAUUUUUUGACUAUUACAAAUAAAGCUGCUAUAAACACUGACAUAUGGAUUCUUUUUUACAGACACAUGUUUUCAUUUAUCUUGAUAAAUUCUUAGGUGUGGGAUUCCUGGGAUGUGUGGUUGGAUAUAUUUAAUGUUUUAAGAAACUGCCAAGCUUUUCCAUAGCUUCCAUGGCUGCUCCAUUUUGUGUUCCCACCUGCAAUGCUGUUUCAGUUGCUCCAUGUCUUCAAUUUCCCUAAUGACUGAUCUUUUUUUGACUAUUAAAUCUUUCCCUGUGCUUAUUUGCUAUCCUUUUCAUUUCUUCUUAUUUGCUAUCCUUUUCAUUUCAUUGAAGUGUCUUCAGUCGUCUACCAGUGUUUUCCUUUGUUGUUGUCUCACUGAGUUUUGUGUUUAUUUGGGACAAUUGGAUAUGUCUUACAUGUAUUUUCUCCCAUCUGGCUUACUUUAUUUUCUUAACAAUGUCUUUUGAAGAGAAGAUUAUAAUUUUGUUAUGAUCACAUUACCAGGUUUUUGAAAUGGUUGAUGUUUUUGUGUUCUAAAGAAAUCUUUGUCUGAUUCAAGGACACAAUGAUUUUCUACUGUUUUCUUAUAGAAGUUUUAGUUUUACCUGCCAUUUAGGUCUUGGGUCCACUUGGAGUUAAUUUUUAUAUAUUUAAGAUAAGGGUGUUUUAAAAUGGAAAUCAUUACUGUUGAAAGUUUAUGCAUUCUUCAUUGAAUUACAGUGGCACCUGUGUUGAAAUCAGUUGAUCUUCUGUAUGUUUAGGUCUAUUACUGAGCUUUGUUCCAUUGCUCUUUAUGUCUGUUCUUAAACCAACAUCAUACUUCUUGAUUAAAAAUUUUUUUUUCUUUGCUGUGAAUCUUUAUUAUAGUUUAUGCUUAAAGUUCUUGAGGG